AUGUCGGCCACGGACGACAUACUCAAGGGCAAAUAUCCUGCCAAAGCCCAUUGCCGGCGGGUGGCCAAAUACCUGACCGACGCAGGCCUGUCGCGCGAUGGAGUCAUCUACCUGGAAGCGCAGAAGACACAGAUGGUGGAAGACGACGACCAGGCGAUGCCGUUUCGACAGCGUCGAUACUUCUUCUACCUCUCCGGCUGCAAGCUACCGGACGCAUACCUCACGUACAACAUCCCGCAAGACAUCCUCACGCUGUUCAUCCCGCCCGUGGACCCGGACAGCGUGAUCUGGUCCGGGCUGCCGGAGUCGAAAGAGGAGGCACUGCAGAAAUACGACGUGGACCAAGUCCUGUACACCACCGAGGUCAAUGCCGCGCUGGCCGCGUACGGCCCGUCCAAGUCGACCACCGUCUACGCCAUCCCCGAACAGGUGUCGGAGCAUAUCACAUUCCUGGCCUUUGCGGCGACCGAGUUCGCAUCCCUCAGGACGGCGAUUGACGAAUGCCGCGUUAUAAAGGACAGCUACGAAGUCGCACUGAUCCGCAAAGCCAACGAGAUCUCGACGCUUGCACACGUCGAGGCCGCAAAGGUCGUCCGCACUGCGGCCAACGAGCAGGAGCUGUACGGCGCGUUUAUCGGAACCUGCAUCUCCAACGGCGCGCAUGAGCAAGCCUACCAUUCCAUCUGCGCCAGCGGCACCAGCUGCUCGACCUUACACUAUGUACGGAAUGACCAGCCUUUGCGCGAGAGGCUGAACAUCCUCCUGGACGCCGGCGCCGAGUACGACUGCUACUGCGCCGACAUCACCCGCACGUUCCCCAUCUCCGGCACGUUCACGCCCGAGUCACAGAUAAUCUAUUCCAUCGUCGACGAGAUGCAGUCGUCCUGCUUUAAACUCCUCCAUGCUGAUGUAAGGUGGGAAGACGUGCAUGAACAUGCUCACUGGGUGGCUAUCCGGGGACUCAAAAAGGCCGGCAUCCUGGUGGGCGAUGAGCAAGAGAUCUUCGACAAGAGAGUCAGCGUCGCCUUCUUUCCGCACGGCCUGGGUCAUUAUCUGGGCAUGGACACUCAUGAUACCGGCGGCCAUGCCAACUACGACGAUCCGGAUACCAUGUUCAAAUACUUGCGAGUCCGUGGAAAGGUGCCGGCGGGCGCGGUCAUCACCGUCGAGCCGGGCAUCUAUUUCUGUAGAUUCAUCUUGGAUCCAGUCCUGGAAGACCCCAAGUUGAGCAAAUACAUAGACAAGAGCGUGCUCGAUCGAUACUGGGCCGUGGGUGGAGUGAGGAUCGAAGACGACAUACAUAUCACAGAAGACGGCUAUGAGAAUCUGACAGACACGCCGAAAUUAUAG